AUGUACCCUCUCUUCCCGACCUUCGCUUUUCUCGGGUUCGUCCUUAGCUUGAUCCCGCUCCCCUGGCAUAUCCAAGCAUGGAAUUCGGGUACCUGUGCUUUCAUGCUAUGGACCGCUAUAUCCUGCCUUAUCGGAUUCGUGAACUCUAUCAUAUGGAGUGGUAAUCUCAGGAACCCAUCCCCUGUCUGGUGUGAUAUCUCCUCCAAAAUCAUCAUUGGCGUCAGUGUGGGCGCCCCAGCUGCGACUCUCUGCAUCAGCCGCCGGCUCUACUACCUCACCUCCGGAACUACUGUCUCAAUUACUCACGAAGAUAAACGCCGGAUGGUCAUUAUCGACCUGUGUAUUGCCGUCGGAAUACCUGUUGUUAUUAUGACUCUUCACUACGUCGUCCAAGGACACCGAUUUGACAUUCUUGAAGACAUUGGCUGCUAUCCUGUCGUUUACAAUACGCUUCCUGCAUACUUCCUAUAUUUCAUGUGGCCAGUCGUCCUUGGCGUGAUCUCUUUUGUCUUCUCUGCCCUCACCCUCCGCUCCUUCUGGAUUCGCCGUCUCCAAUUCAACCAACUCAUUACCUCCAACUCCUCAAUGAGCGUCAGCCGAUAUCUCCGCCUUGUUCUCCUUGCCAUCAUCGACAUGACGUGCACCGUCCCUCUCGGCAUCUACACAAUCUGGUUAGGUAACCGAGGCGUUGGCCUCGCUCCAUGGAUCUCCUGGGAGGACACCCACUUCAAUUUCUCCCGCGUUGCCCUCGUACCUGCCCUCAUCUGGCGUAGUGAUCGUUCGCGAGCGACCUCAGUCGAGCUGACAAGGUGGCUGCCCGUCCUGUGCGCGUUCCUGUUCUUUGCACUCUUUGGGUUCGCCUCGGAGGCGCAGAGGUGCUACAAGAUCGCGUUCUGGCGCGUCAUGGGGGUGUUUGGUGUGAAACCUGCUCCCGCCACGCCUUCGAAGGCAGGCCUGAAGACACUUUCACUUGGAAGCUGGAACAAGCCCUCCAAGAACACCAGCACCAUUGCCACCGAGACGACGAUCGGCUCUCCACCUGCCUACGUCCCUAAAUUGCCCACGUCCCCCACAUCCUUCGACAGCACCUCUAAAAGGCCGUACCGGUCGCACUCCUUCUCCACCUCCGCCUCGACGCACGCUGGACGCGACGAUGACCUCGAGCUCAGCCCCUACAACAAGUCGACAUACUUGCACUCGCAGUACAUCGACCUCGAGAAGAAUGCCGGCCUGUCGCCGCUGACGAGCACAAGCGCUGGCUAUGACUCGGAGGCGAGGACUCUGUACGCAGAGUCUGAGUCGCCUGUGUACCACAUUUGUCGGAAACCAAGUCAGGUUCCAGAUGAUGUGGGCGAGACACCGUUGCCUUCGCCAUGGUCGUUCGGCUCUUCUUCGUCGGCGUCAUCAAGGUUCGGCCAUUCUUCUGAGGCCGACACGGAUAUGUACGAGAUGGACGCUCCGUCAGAAGCAGCUGUCGCCCUUGCUCGUGCACCGACACCAAGCGCGCUUGACGUACACGCGCACGCUGUCAUACCUCAUCUCCAGGUGCCCUCGCACUCCAAAUCGUCAAGUACCACCAGCCUACAUUCUCACUCAUACUCGCCGUCGCAAAGCCAGUCGCAUCCCCUGCCCAACCUCCACCUACAUCCGUACGCUCCCAAGACGAAGACCUCAAACGGCUCGAUGCGGACGAUGACCUCGCCAGAUCGUGAUCGGUUCUAUAUCGUUUCUGAGGGCGGCGAGCGAGCACAGACACCCGAGUCGCCCCGCCCAUUCACGUCUACAGCGUCGCCUGCUGGGAGUAGUGAGGGCGCGGUGUCCGGGAGGGCCAUUCAGGUGAUGGUGUACAAGACGGAAGUGCGCUCGACGGAAACACUAUGA